UCUCUCUCUUUCCUUCUCUUUUCAUUUCAAAAGGUAUAUUUUCCUACAUUAAUUUUCAAUUUCUUUACUUUUCUCUAAAUGGGUAUUCCCAGAAUCACUUCUCUAUUGAUUUUACUCGGCUUUGUAACCGCCUGUUCCAAUGGAACAUGCAAGCUUCUUGAUGGAUGUUCAUCUGAUGGAGAUUGUGAGUCUGGAUUGUUCUGUUCUUCAUGCUUGCAAGGGUUCUCUGGGUCGAGAUGCAUUCGGUCUACAACCACUGAUCAAUUCAACCUGGUGAAUAACUCAUUGCCUUUCAACAAAUAUGCAUAUCUUACUACCCAUAAUUCUUUUGCUAUCGAGGGUGAGCCAUCACAUACUGGAAUCCCACGAGUAACCUUCUACAACCAAGAGGACACUGUUACUCAGCAGUUAAAUAAUGGAGCCCGAGCGCUUAUGUUAGACACCUAUGACUUUGAUGGUGAUGUGUGGUUGUGCCAUUCAAGUGGAGGGAAAUGUCAUGAUGUAACUGCAUUUGAGCCGGCGAUUGAUACGUUGAAGGAAAUUGAAGCCUUUCUAUCGCUAAAUCCAUCUGAAAUUGUCACAUUGAUAUUAGAAGAUUAUGUUCAGGCGCCAAAUGGUUUGACAAAUGUCUUUAAUGCAUCGGGGUUGUUGAAAUACUGGUUUCCUCUCUCGAGUAUGCCUCAAAAUGGCCAGGAUUGGCCAUCGGUAAGUGAUAUGGUUGCUAAGAAUCAACGCCUCGUUGUUUUCACAUCUAUCAGAUCUAAACAAUACACUGAAGGGAUUGCCUACCAAUGGAACUUCAUGGUUGAAAACCAAUAUGGAGAUGGUGGAAUGAAAGGUGGGGAAUGUUUUAACCGUGCUGAAUCUGCCCCUCUUAACGACACUAGCAAACCACUAGUUUUGGUAAACUAUUUCAAUUCAGUGCCUGUAAAAGCCUUGACAUGCAAGCAUAACUCAGCAGAGCUCAUAAACAUGCUUCAUACUUGUUUUGGUGCUGCCAGCAACCGUUGGGCUAAUUUUGUGGCCGUUGAUUUCUACAAGAGAAGCGAGGGAGGAGGAGCAUUUCAAGCAACAGACAUGCUUAAUGGAAGACUGCUGUGUGGAUGUGAUGAUGUUCAUGUUUGCACGUCUGGUUCAACUUCCGGAGCAUGCACUCCCCCAUAGCAACAAGGGAUUGACAACUCUGUAGUGCCAAAUAAGAAGAAUUGUGACGCGAGUAGUUUCCAUACGCCCCAAAUACAACUCAACAGAUUGUUCGACAGCAAGUUAUCAACUAAAAUUUUAAGAAGAAUUACUUUUACCAUUUUAGUUGGUUUUAUUUUUGUAGAAAAUUGGCAUGAAAAUGUUACACCUAUACAGUGACCAUUUGUGUUUA